AUGGAGAAAACUGAUCUAGACAAGGCAAUUGAAUUACUUCAAGAGGCUCUCCAACAAACUCCAUUGGACCAUCCAAACCGACCAUCUCGACUUGAGGACCUUGGAAACGGAUAUGGGUGUCGAUACCAUUUGAACAGGGAUCCAGUAGACCUUGACUUAUCGAUUCGAGCGUCUCGACUUCACGCUCUUAGAACUAGCUACCAAUAUCGAUCCACACAGAAAGGGAGUUUAGAAGGUCUUAGUGAGGCAAUUCGGCUAUACUACGCGUCUCUCAAUAUGGCAUCCUCAGGGGAUCCACAAAGGGUACCUCAACUUGCCUGUCUUGGAGCUGCGUACGACACUAGAUUCCGGGCGAUUGGGACUAUAGCAGAUGUCGACGCGGUCGUCUAUCUAUUCAAGGAAUCUGCUGACAAAACCCCGCCGAAUCAUCCCGAAUUGGCGUCUCGACUUCAAUCCCUUGGGAAGGCAUAUGAAGGUAGAUACCAUAGCAAAGGGGAAGACGAAGACUUCAAGUUGGCAGUUCAAUCACAGCAGAGAUCUCUCGGGAAUACGGCUCCACCGGACCACAGAGGGGAUCUCGACUUUUGGAACUUGUUGUUGUGUACCGAGACCGUUUUGGUAGGACAGAGAAUAGGGAGCAUCUGGAAAGCCAGGCCUCUUCGACUUUGCAUUCUUGGAACUAAAUAUGCAUCGAGAUAUGAUGUUCAAACGGCACUUCGGGUGCUUCAAGAUGCUAUCAGCAUAACGAAACCAGACGAUCCUCAGUCAGCAUUUCGACUUGAUUUACUUGGAGUAACCUAUAAGAACAGGUAUCGACACACUGGGAGUAAGGAAGAUCUUGACAUGGCAAUACAACGGCUUCAGAAUUCCUUUGAUCACACCCAAUCAGGCGCCUGA